AAGCCACUAGGGUUUCCCAGCUUCCUUCCUCCCCCUCUCUUCUUGUUCUUUCCGUUGCAAUCUCUCUCUCUCUCUCAUUCAUUCUCUUCUAAGAACGCUUCCGCAAGUCACUUCUGAUCUUGAAUCCAACGUAUUUCCACCGUGAAAGAAGCCCCGAUCUACAAGAAGAUUCAAGUCCAAUGGCUGGUCAGAGGAAUAAGCGUUCUCAGUCUGACUAUACUGACAGUGGGAGGAAUAAAAGGAGGAAUUCUGGUGAUGAUAGAGACUUCACUAUUGGGCCAGAAGAUACUGUAUAUAGAUACCUGUGUCCUGGGAAGAAGAUUGGAAGUAUUAUAGGGAGGGGAGGGGAGAUUGUUAAGCAACUAAGGGUAGAUACUAAAUCAAAAAUUAGGAUUGGUGAGACAGUGCCAGGUUGUGACGAGCGUGUUGUCACUAUCUACAGCUCAAGUGAAGAGACAAAUGAUUUUGAUGAUAAUGAUGAUCGUGUUUGUCCAGCCCAGGAUGCUCUCUUCAGGGUGCAUGAUAGGGUUGUUGCUGAUGACUUAGCUGCUGGUGAGGAUAUGGAAGAAACCCCACAAAUUACUGCUCGGCUUCUUGUACCAUCAGAUCAAAUUGGAUGUGUUAUUGGGAAAGGUGGACAGAUUGUUCAGAAUAUUCGUACUGAAACGGGAGCCCAAAUUCGCAUUUUAAAAGAUAACCAUUUACCUUCUUGUGCAUUGAGCUCUGAUGAACUUGUGCAGAUAUCUGGGGAGCCACAAGUUGUGAGGAAGGCUCUUUAUCAACUCACAUCUCGUCUUCAUGAUAAUCCAUCUCGGUCCCAACACUUGCUCGCCUCUUCUUUACCUGGUGCAUAUGCUUCUGGCGGUUCACUUAUGGGUCCAACUGCUGGUGCCCCAAUCAUGGGUUUGGCUCCACUAGUAAGUCCUUACGGAGGAUACAAAGGUGACAGUGGAGACUGGUCACGCUCAUUUUACUCAGCUUCGAGGGAUGAGACAUCUUCAAAGGAAUUUUCUCUUCGAUUGAUUUGUCCUACUUCAAAUAUUGGUGGUGUGAUUGGCAAGGGUGGUGCCAUAAUCAAUCAAAUUAGGCAAGAGUCUGGAGCUUCCAUCAAAGUUGAUAGUUCAGCUACCGAGGGAGAUGAUUGUAUAAUAUCUAUUUCAGCGAAAGAGUUCUUUGAAGACACAUUCUCUCCGGCUAUUGACGCAGCAAUACGCUUGCAACCUAGGUGCAGUGAAAAAGUUGAAAGAGAUUCAGGUCUCAUCUCUUUCACAACACGUCUGCUAGUUCCAACCUCUAGGAUUGGCUGCCUCAUCGGGAAAGGUGGAGCUAUAAUUACUGAAAUGAGGAGGGCCACCAAAGCUAAUAUUCGCAUACUUUCGAAGGAAAAUCUGCCCAAAAUUGCAGCUGAGGACGAUGAGAUGGUGCAGAUAUCUGGAGAUCUUGAUGUGGCAAAGGACGCUCUCAUUCAAGUAACUUCACGGUUGAGGGCUAAUCUUUUUGAUAGGGAGGGAGCUGUUUCUGCACUUGUGCCAGUUCUUCCUUACCUUCCGAUGCCUACAGAUGCUUCAGAUGGUCCAAAAUAUGAAAGUAGAGAUGGUAAAAGACUUGGGCGCGGUCAUUCUUAUUCUAGUGGAUAUGGUGGCUCAAGGGAUUUGCCUGCAAUUGAUGGUUAUGCUAGUUAUGGUGGGUUGCAGAGUGGUGGUAGUGCUGUGGGUUAUGGAGCUUAUGGUGGCUAUCCUUCUGGACGUAGUACUGGUAGUUCUGGGCUAUCAGGUCAGAGCUCAGUUUCUCGCCGGAAAAAUUAUGGUUACUGAAGUUUGACAAUGGUUACCUGCAGGUUGAUUCGAUGUUUCCCUUGGCGCAUAAACCAUGUAAGUAGUUUCAGACUAAUCAAAUCUCGAGCAGGUAAGUGCACAAUGGAGAGCAAAUGAGCUUUUCGCUUAAUUUGUUUGCUACUGUACGUUACAGAUAUCUUCUGCUUUCUCCACUAUUUUCACAUGUGGUUCAACUUUGGCAUUCCAUGUGUGCAAUCUUAUAUUAUUCCUUCAACAGUAGGAUUAAAGUAACUUUAUCUGCAUCAAAGGUGUCCCGGGGAUUUCCUCUCUCAUUUUUGCCCGCAAAUGAUAUUCUUCUAGCUUUUAUGAUAGCUAUUCCUUUUCUCCCGGAAAGAAAAUAGAACUCAAUUCUCCUCAUAACAUGUUAAUGUUAGAAUUUGCUGCUCUCCGCAUAACAUGGACUUGGUAACGAGUACAGUAGGGUAGUGGUUUGAACUGUCCAUGUAUCAGAUUGUUGCUAGCUGUUCCAGAGCCUUAUAUGGAAUACCUAGACAAUGUCUUUUGCUAAACUGGCAUCAUGAUACUUGCAUCUGUAUUUCCCCGCUUCGCAAAGCUGAGCCUUGAGCUCCUGCCAACUUGUAGAGAGGGAUUCAGAGGACGAUGGUAGAGUUAAAAGGCAGCAGGCAUUGGUUUGAUAAUUUUUGGCGGCAGAUGGUAUUAGGGAGUGUUAAACAUUGCACUAUUUUCAGUGCACUAUUAGUUUAAUAUUUGCACUAUUAUUCUGAAUGUGUUGAAAGAAUUUGACUGGCUGGCAGAAGAAUAAUUGGUGGCACUGCAUUUGUGAACCAAAGAGUGGGUAGCAGAAUUUUUUUUAUGCU